AUGGCGCCUUCGGCCCCAGAGCUCCGCCCCCGGGCCCCUGCAUGCUCGGACAGUCUCGGACCCGCUGCAGAGAUAAAACAGCAGCUCCAAACAUCGAACUUCCUCGUGAUAAUGAAGCUGGUGGUUCGUGAGUUCCAGGCGUCAGACAGAGACGCCGUGUGUGACCUGUUCAGUGCUGGCAUCAAAGAGCACAUUGGUCCAUGCUUCUACAACGCCAUGAGCAGCCGUGUCCACCUCCUCAUCACCACUGCCCUCUGUGCUGCUGGCUUCUUCCUUGGAUCGUGGCCGGGGGCUCUUCUCCUCCCUGGCCUGUGGCCGAGCAUUGUCUACUACUGCUGCCACGAGCUCUACGCCGGCUACGUGAGGAGCAGACUAGAAUCAGACAUGCAGGACAUCUGUGGCAGCUUCAUGAGUCGGGCUGGAGACUGCUUCUGGGUGGCUGAGGCUGAGGUGGAGGGCCGCGCUCAGAUCCUGGGGACUGUGGCUGUGGUGGAGAGAGAGGAGGGGGCACAGAGGUUUGGGGAACUGUUCAGGAUGAUCAUCUCUCCUUCAUGUAGGCGCAUGGGCUUAGGCCUUAGACUGACACAGACUGUGGUGGACUUCUGUAAGGACAGAGGCUGCUCUAAGGUGGUGCUAGAGACCAGCUCCACACAGACGGCAGCCGUGGCUCUGUACCAGAAAGUGGGCUUUAAAAAAGUCCUUGAGCAUAAACAAACCACGGCUGGAUUUUGGAUCACUCACAUUUCACAAAUAACAGUUUUGCAGAUGGAAAAGUAUUUAUAA